AUGGAGGACGAACUAUACGACGAGUUCGGCAAUUACAUCGGACCUGAGGAAGAGGAGGACGAUGAUCAGGAGGAGGAGGAGGAUGAUCUCGAGAAUGCCUACAGAUCUGGUCUUCCCCAUGGACACGAUGCAGAAGAAGAUCUCAUGGAAGAGGAUAAGGAUGAUGAGGGGCCAAGUCAAGCUGUGAUUCUUCAUGAGGACAAGAAGUAUUAUCCAGACGCUGAGCAGGUUUAUCCCGAAGCAGAGACAACGGUUCAGGAUGAAGACACUCAGCCCCUCGAGCAGCCUAUUAUUGCUCCUGUCCGAACCAAAAGCUUCGAUUGCGUCGAGAAGAAGACCCCUGUGAAUCCAUACAGCCAUGUUUACCUGCAUCAGUUGUCGGGGAAUCCAGCUCUCGUCCGCAACAUCUGCGUGGCAGGGCAUCUUCAUCAUGGGAAAACCUCGUUGCUUGAUGUGUUGGUGAGACAGACACAUAACUUCGGAAAACUGCAGGAACACGAGUUUGAAAGAAAGUGGGAUGGUUGCGAGGAUCUGAGGUACAUGGAUAGCCGAGUGGACGAGCAGAAGCGAAAGAUUACGAUCAAAUCUCUCCCCAUCAGUCUUCUGAUGCCCUCAAGCGGCGGCAAGUCGUAUGCUUUGAACUUCAUGGACACCCCUGGACAUGUUAAUUUCAUUGAUGAGGUUGCAGCCUCUGUUGCUAUUGCAGAUGGAAUGCUGCUUGUGGUGGAUGCAGUUGAAGGAGUGAUGCUGAAUACAGAACGAGUAAUUCAGCUUGCAGCUGCGCAGCGAAUCCCUAUUUGCUUGGUUCUCAACAAGAUUGACCGCCUGGUCCUGGAACUGAAAUUGCCACCGGCUGAUGCAUACUUCAAGCUUAAACAUGUUAUCGAAGAAGUCAACACAAUCUACACAUCUUUCACAGGAAACAAUGAGGAGAUCCUGUCGCCGCAUUUAGGAAAUGUCUGCUUCGCUUCUUCUCUGCAGGGCUACACCUUCACUUUGGAAUCGUAUGCGAGGUUGUAUGCGGAUACAUAUGGAGGCUUUCCUGCCAAAGAAUUUGCCAAGAGGCUUUGGGGAGACUUCUGGUACAAUGAAGAAACUCGCAAAUUUCAGCGAACUCCUCCUGCCACUGGUGCACAGCGAACUUUCGUACAAUUCCUUCUUGAGCCGCUCUACAAGUUGAUGAGCCAGGUCGUUGGUGAAGAGCCGAAGGAGUUGGACAUGGUCCUGCAAGAGCUCAGCCUAAGUGUAAAGAGAUCACACUUGCAGAAGAGCGUCAAAGCGCUUCUUCGUAGUGUGAUGAGUGCUUUCUUCGCGGACAAUUCAGGACUUGUUGAUAUGGUGGUGAAAAGUAUUCCGUCUCCCUUGGAGGCGACGGGCACAAAGGUGGAAACAAAUUAUACAGGAGCUUUUGAUACCGACUUUGCCAAGUCUAUCAAGCGGUGUUCAGCGGAGGGGCCGCUCGCGAUCCACAUUGUAAAAUUGUAUCAUCAACCGGAUUGUGUUGGGUUCAAUGCGUACGGCAGAAUCAUCUCAGGUACAGUUUCUAUUGGGGACAAAGUAAAGGUCCUAGGUGAAGGAUACACUUUGGACGAUGAUGAAGACAUGGUGGAGACGACUGUCACUGACAUCUGGCUGCAUGCUGGUCGGUAUAAGAUACCGAUAGACCAAGCGACAGCAGGAAUGUGGGUGCUGAUUGGGGGCAUUGACGAUUCUAUUAUCAAGACAGCGACAGUGGUUCACUCAGAGGGACCAGAAGACGCAUGCAUCUUCCGUCCUCUUCAGCACAAGACAAAGUCAGUGGUGAAACUUGCGAUCGAACCAUUGAACCCGUCAGAGCUCCCCAAGAUGCUUGACGGCUUGCGUAAAGUGAACAAGACUUAUCCAUUGCUCGGAACCAAAGUGGAGGAGUCUGGGGAGCAUUUGAUUCUGGGAACGGGAGAGCUGUACUUGGACUGCGUGAUGCACGAUUUGAGGUUUAUGUAUUCAGAAAUCGAAAUCAAGACAGCAGAUCCCUCCGUCUCCUUCUGCGAAACUGUGAUUGAGACUUCCUCGUUGAAGUGUUUCGCGGAAACGCCGAAUAAGAAGAACAAGUUGACUUUGAUUGCGGAGCCGCUUGAGAAGGGACUUGCUGAGGACAUUGAGCUCGGAGAGAUCCUCAUGACUUGGGACAGGAAGCGACAAGCGAGUUUCCUCCAAAGCAAGUACGAUUGGGAUGUACUUGCUGCACGAUCCGUGUGGGCGUUUGGACCUGACAUGAACGGGCCGAAUGUUUUGGUUGAUGAUACCCUUCCAUCGGAGGUAGACAAGCAGAUGCUUGCUACCGUCAAGGAUUCUGUGGUCCAGGGAUUCCAAUGGGGAACCAGCUCACUGAACCACAGGGAGGGGCCCCUUUGUGAUGAACCUAUUCGAAAUGUUAAAUUCAAGAUCUUAGAUGCAUCUGUGGAUUCAUCUCCCGUGCACAGAGGAAGCGGACAAAUCAUCCCCACUGGAAGGCGCGUCUGCUACUCCGCCUUUCUCAUGGCCUCUCCGAGAUUGAUGGAACCUGUAUUCUAUGUCGAGAUUCAAGCACCUGCGGACUGUCUGUCAGCCAUCUACACAGUCUUGGCGAGACGACGUGGUCACGUCGUACAGGACAUUCCCAAGGCAGGUUCGCCACUCUACACCAUCAAGGCUUACAUCCCCGUCAUGGACUCGUAUGGCUUCGAGACGGACUUGCGCACCCACACGCAGGGACAGGCUUUCUGUGUGCAGGUGUUCGAUCACUGGGCCAUCGUCCCCGGAGAUCCUCUGGACAAGAGCAUCGUCCUGAAGCCUCUAGAGCCCUCGCCCGCCCCCUACCUGGCGCGUGAGUUCAUGGUGAAGACAAGGCGAAGGAAGGGAAUGAGUGAGGACGUGUCGAUCAACAAGUUUUUCGACGACCCUAUGCUGCUGGAGCUCGCCCGACAGGACCAGGAUCUGGCCUCCUACUUCUAG